AUGUGUGAUAAAUCAGAAGAAAUUGUAGGUAUUAAUAUUUUAAAUCAAGAAGAUAAUAAAUAUUCAUUAAUGUAUUUUGAUAUACAAAUGAAAAUUAUUAAAUAUUUUAAAGAUAUGUUUAAUUUAAAAGUAUCUAUACAUUCUGGAGAACUUACUACGAAAAUAACUACACCUGAAAAUUUAUAUCAUAUCCAUAGUUCUAUAGAUAUUGCUAAUAGAAUUGGUCAUGGUGUUGAUAUAAUGUAUGAACCAAAUUCAACUAAUAUAAUGAAAAAAAUGCAAGAUGAAAAAAUUGCAGUAGAAAUAAAUUUAUUAAGUAAUACAUUUUUAUUAGGAAUAAAACCAAUUGAUAAUCCUAUAAAACUUUAUAUGAAAAAUGGUGUUCCUGUUGUUUUAUCAACCGAUGAUGCUGGUAUUUUAAGGACAACAUUAUCAGAACAAUAUUAUAUUUUAAUGGAAAAUUUUCAUUUAACUUUUACAGAAUUAAAAGAUAUAAUAUACAAUGGAAUAUUGUAUAGUUUUCUAAAUGAAAAAGAGAAAGAAAAACAAUUAAUUAUUUUAGAUAAAAAAUUUAUCGAAUUUGAAAAUAUAUUGAAUAAUAAUAAAUUAUAA